AUGAUCUGUCGGCAUCUUAAUCGUUUCGGUCUCAGGCAAUCUUCUCAACUCCCGAAAAUUGCUCAAAACACGGAGCUUGAUAAGACCGCAAUGCUGGAAAAUAAGAGCUGGCAAACUUUCUACACGGCGGAUCGAGACUUUGUAAAUAUCGCCAAACGUUCUUUAUCUGCCCGUUAUUAUGGCUCAAAAGGAUUGAAGCUCAUCAUCUCCUAUUUUGCUGCUAAAAGUUGUCUAUUCAUGGCUACGGAACUUCCUCUUUUCAUGAUUCAAAUGCGAGAAAUCGAGUCUUUCUUCCUCAUGAGCGCAGCUUUCGGGCUGUUUCACCUUUAUUUAUACACUGGGAGGAACCCAAUUACGAAAAUGCAAAUAAACGAAAGACUAGAUAAACUUCGCGUGGAGCGACUCAUAUCAGCAGAAACUUCUGAAGUGAAAGAAAUUUCGAGGAAAUCCGUUGUUCCAGUUGAAUUCGAUCAAAUCCAGGCGAUGCAGCCGCUGAUUAUCAGAGAGGGUUCAUCAGAAGAGCUUCUUGGUCAUUUUCCCGUGACGAAGGAAGUAUCUGUCGGAAAUACAGUCGCCUUUGAGCUUGUCUUUGGACCGAGUUGCUACAAUACGUUCCAAUUUUUCCAGCGUGGAGAACGAAUCGGCCUCGAAAGCCUCUUCGAAAAACGAAAUAAGUUAUUGAUGAACAAGUUCAAAAAAGAGCAAGCGAUGCUGAAAAUCAAAGGCGGCUCUAGUGGAUACAUAACGAAAAUAGAUAGAAUGAACAAAAUGGAAGAUAUUCAACGAACUCGGGAACAAAUCACCGGCCCUUUGCUUAUCAAACCGAACUACUCAUCAGACAAUUUCACUGAAAGCAAAGUCGAUUCAAAUGUCUUCAAGAUUCUUUCUCAAAUUUACUCCGCUUCUGAAUCAAUCAUUCCACUAGAAGAUACCCGCGUUCUUCUCCCUUCUUCAAAGUCUACUUCUACCCAGACGGAUGAAAUUUUUACUGAUUGCAAGUCGCUAGCUGAUGAAUACAACGCUAUCUUUCUCAAUGCUGAUCUUGCUGAAAACAACGAUGAAGAACUGUUCGUCAAUAAAGGAGAACAUCCACGCUACAACUCGACUUGCCUUGGUGGCACUUUCGAUCGACUUCAUGUUGCCCACAAGAUUCUUAUCUCCGAAGCUCUUCUUCUCGCAAGGCAAAGAAUCGUCAUUGGUAUUGCUUCAGGUCCGUUGUUGGAGAAAAAGCUGCUGAAGGAACUCAUCGAGCCAAUUGAUAAACGCGUCGACGCGGUGAAACUCUUCAUUGACUCUGUUCAAAGUCAUCUCGAAACAGUCGAAGUUGUCGGAAUCACUGAUCCUGUUGGACCAGCGGGAACUGAUGCUGAUCUUGAGUGUAUUGUUGUGUCCGAAGAAGUCAUCGGCGCGAUCCCAUCAAUAAACAGCGGAAGGAACAAACUGGGGCUCAAGGAUCUAUCUUUUCAUGUUCACAAUGACGGGAAGAUGCUUGAAUCUGGACAUAAAGACAGUGUUGACCAGAUAACAGGAGACGUUUCUUCCUCUGCCGGCCGUGCAAAGCUUCUUGGAACUCUACGAUUUCCUCCAAAUAUCCCAUACUCUUCAGAUGCGCCUUACAUUAUCGGCUUGACUGGUCCUAUCGCUUCUGGAAAAACAUCUGUAGCGAAGAGGUUAGAAAAGCUUGGGGCUUUUCGAUUAGAUGCUGACAAACUCGGGCACUUGGCGUACGUCCCAGAGACUUCUGAGCAUCGAGAAGGACCCGCUUACAAGCCCGUACUUGAUCAUUUUGGCCGCGAUAUAUUAUGCGAUGACAGCACUUUCAUCGACCGCAAGAAGCUCGGUGCCAAGGUCUUUGGCAAUCCCGAGGAGCGAAAGAAGUUGGAACAGCUCGUCUGGCCAGCGAUACAAGAACUCGCCGUGGAGAGUAUCCAAAAAGCUUUUGCUUCUGGAUCGAAAGUAAUUGUCUUAGAAGCUGCCGUCCUAUUAGAAGCAGGUUGGGAUUCAUUUGUAAACGAGGUCUGGUCGACAUAUGUCCCGGUGGAAGAGUCUGUGGCAAGAUGUGUUGAGCGCGAUGGGAAGAGCGAAGAAGCUGCGAGGAAAAUCAUUUCCGCACAAGUGUGGGGAUCGUUAUCGUAG